AUGCUUUCAAGACGUCUCGCGGACCUCAGAAGUCCAGCCGGGCUUCGAAGAAGCGUGGGACUUCACGCACGUCCCAUCCUUGCACUGAGGACCCAUCCAGCGAUCAGUCAGCCAAGGCGGAAUGAGACCACCACCACCGGGGAUGAGCAGAGCGGUCACAUUGCGAAGACCUCGAACGAGUCCAUCUUAUGGAUUGACAAUCUAUUCCCGCUCAAGUUAACAGGCCUGUUUCGAGCACCAUGGCAAAGUCCAGAUCGAGAUGUCUCGGAGCUGCUCAAACGGUUCCACAGCUCCAGUCUGGGCAUCAUGGACCCUAUUAACAUGGUCAAGCGAGCUUUGCCUGAAAGUCUACCUGUGAAAGUCACAGAGAUUCUGCCCAGACUCAAAGAUGGCGGCGCGUUCGUCAAAUUCUCUCACCCCUCGGAACUACCUGCCAAGGAUAUCGAAGGUGUAAUCUCAGAACAUCUACGGAAUAGCCCCGUCAAGCCAUUCUUCAGCCCGUUCAGGGGAGUCCAGACCGGCCUCGUGAAGGGUGUGCCGUGGCUUGAAGAUCUCCAUCGAUUCCCGUACGGGCGGCUUAGAAUCGAGUUUGUUCCUCCUAACCCAGGUGAGGAAGCGGUCGAACUAUCGCAGGAGGACCUGUACUCCAUAUUUCGCAAAUACGGCAAGAUCGCCGAGAUUUCUUCACAGCCUUUUGAUUCCAAAGUGGUCCCGAAAUACGCCUACGUGGAUUUCGCCUUUGUCAGGGAUGCCAUCAUGGCCAGGAAUUGUCUACAUGGAUUUGUCGUCUCCCAAGAGCUCGGCGGAGGCAAGACAGGCACGAAACUACGCAUGUCGUACGAGGAAAAGGUGAAAGCCCACAACAUCUGGAACUGGAUGACGAAUCACCCCAGGAUCGUCAUUCCUAUCCUCGUCGCUCUCCUCACCGGUAUCACUGUCGUCGUCUUCGAUCCAAUUCGAUCGUUUUUCGUCAAGGCGCACGUUCAGCGAAAGUUCCGUCUGAGCAACAGCAGACUCUACAGGUGGCUCAGACGCCAAACAUCCGACAUCUUCACCUUCAGCCGGCACAAGGCGGAACAAGCUGGGCUUAAUGCCAUAUUUAGCCAUCGGAAAGAUGUGAUUGACCAAAUCCAAAAAUGGCUGAUGGAGACUGCCGAGACCUUCAUUGUUGUUCAAGGGCCUCGUGGCUCUGGCAAGAAGGAGGUCGUUAUCGAGCAAGCACUAAAAGGUCGACGAAAUGUCUUGGUCCUUGACUGCAAACCUAUCGUAGAAGCCCGUGGUGAGUCAGCGACGAUCAAGAAGAUGGCUGCCGAGGUUGGAUAUCGACCCAUCUUCUCGUGGGCCAACAGCAUGAGCAGCAUGGCCGACUUGGCUGUCCAAUCCACGACUGGCGUCAAGGCUGGUUUCUCUGAGACCUUGGAGUCUCAACUUCAGAAGAUUUUGCAAACCACUGCUGAGGCGUUGAGCGAAAUCGAUAUUGCAGGCCGCAAGAAGGAGGAUGUCGACGCGUCACUUCCCGUCGAUGCCUGGUUGGAAGGCCACCCCGAGAAACGAUCUGUUGUUGUCAUUGAUAACUUCCUCCACAAGAACGCGGAAGGCAACACUAUUGUGUACGACAAGAUUGCAGAGUGGGCUGCCACACUUGUGCAGUCGAAUGUGGCUCAUGUAAUUUUCCUCACCAACGACUCGUCUUACUCAAAGUCUCUCUCGAAAUCGCUUCCCGACCGCGUCUUUCGUCAAGUUGCCCUGGGAGAUCUCUCUCCUGACGUGGCCAAGCGAUUCGUGAUAAGUCAUCUGGAGGGUGAUGAUGAGCCAAUCGAGGAAAUUGAGACGGAUGACAACGACGAGAAGUUACCUCCCAAGAUCAAGAAACAUCCUCAACUGAAGGGUCUUGAAGCAUGCAUUGGUACCCUUGGCGGACGUCUGACCGAUUUGGAGUUCCUUGCCCGCCGUUUGAAGGCAGGGCAGACACCAAAGGAAGCCGUUGCCGAGAUAACAGAUCAAUCGGCUUCGGAGUUGCUGAAGAUGUUUCUACUGGCUGGAGGCGGCAAGACUGAAGGCACCGGAAAGUACUGGUCUGUUGAGCAGGUUUGGUAUCUGAUCAAGGAGCUAGCAAAGAACGACAACCUCCGCUACAACGAAAUUGUCCUGUCAAACACUUUCGCAUCCUCGCUGACUGCUCCUGAUGGCGAAUCUGCCCUUGAGGGACUUGCCAACGCUGAACUCAUUACCGUCAAGAGCCACAAUGGCCGCCCCCAGAAGAUCAUACCCGGCAAACCUGUUUAUAAGGCUGCUUUCAAACAGCUGACAGAAGACCCGGUUUUGACAGCCAAGAUGGAUCUUGCCGUUCUGACCGAGCUGGCUAAGAUCGAAGCCAAGAACAUCGACAAGGCCGAGAACGAGCUGGCGCUGCUUGGUGGGCUGCCCAGACACCCGCCCCAGACUGCUGGCCGCAUCAACUACUUGUUGACCAAGCUGGAAACGGCCCAGAAGAAGGUGGAAGGAUACGAAAAGGAUAUGGCAGUGCUUAAGAAAACACUGGGUACCCAGUACUAG